GCUAAAAAGUUAUGUUUUCACAAGUAUCAUGUAGGUAUCGGGAGAGGUCAUGGCGCGUGAGGUGAUUUUGUCCGACGAUGAAGUGGUGGACGUGUGUGGUGUUCACGUGCGCGGCCGUGCUGGCUGACGACGAGUGGCGCGAGGUGAGGAUUGCGCAAGGGCCGGUGCGCGGGCGCAAGCACCCCACUGCUGACAUGUACGCCUUCUACAACAUACCCUACGCCACCGCGCCCACGGGCGAGGACAAGUUCAAGGCACCUCUACCUCCACCAGUGUGGUUAGAGCCAUUUGACGCAGUCGACGAGCAUGUAAUAUGCCCACAGCCAACGUUUCCCGGUGAUUUCGUGCCUAAACAUUUAGUGACCAAAGAAAAUUGUCUCAUCGCCAACGUAUUUGUGCCAAAUACAAAAGAAAAGAACCUUCCAGUUUUCGUGUAUGUACAUGGAGGAGCUUUUGUUAUGGGCUGGGGGGAAAUGUUUAAGGCAAGACAAUUCAUGAAGACAAAAGAUUUUAUUGAGGUCACGUUUAAUUACCGCCUUGGAAUUCACGGGUUCCUAUGUCUGGGCACUGAGGACGCGCCAGGCAAUGCUGGCAUGAAGGACCAGGUGGCACUGCUGCGCUGGGUGCAGAAGAACAUCGCCAGCUUCGGCGGUAACCCUGAUGAUGUUACCCUUGCAGGGUACAGUGCAGGUUCCGCAUCAGUAGAUCUGUUAAUGCUCUCAAAAUCAGCCGAAGGAUUAUUUCACCGAGUAAUACCCGAAAGUGGUGGAAAUCUUGCCGCAUUUACUGUUCAGCGAGAUCCUGUAGAGAUUGCUAAAACGCAUGCUAAGAAGUUAAACUUCAAUAACGUAGAUGAUAUUUAUGCGUUAGGAAAGUUUUAUAUGACAGCUCCAAUUGAACAGUUGACGUCCGAUCCAUUUUUCGACAGAACUGAUUCUACAUUUUUGUUCGCACCAUGUGUAGAACGUGAAACAGGGGACGGAGCCUUCCUGACUGAAUCACCUCUAACAAUACUAAAGACUGGCAACUACAGAAAGCUGCCAGUGUUGUAUGGAUUCGCUGAAAUGGAAGGAUUAUUUCGUGUUGAUUUUUUUGAACUUUGGAAGCAUAAAAUGAAUGAAAAGUUUUCUGAUUUCUUGCCACCUGACUUGAAAUUUGAUUCUGAGGAAGAAAGAGAAGAAGUGGCAAAUAAAAUAAAGAAGUUUUACUUUGGUGACAAGCCAGUCGGCAAUGACAAUAUUCUAAAAUACGUUGAUUUCUUCACGGAUAUUAUAUUUGCUUAUCCCAUGCUUUGGGCUGUGAAGCUACACGUGGAAGCUGGUAACAAUCAAGUAUAUUUGUAUGAAUAUAGCUUUGUGGACGAGGAUAUUCCUGUGGUACCACAUACUAACAUACGUGGAGCUAACCACUGUGCCCAGACUAUGGCUUUGACUGAUGGGAAGAACUUCACAAACCAUGACGAAACUCUCGCAACACCAGAGUUUAGAGAAAUGAAAAAGAUUAUUCGGGAAAUAUGGCACAAUUUUGUGAAAACUGGAGUGCCAGUGCCAGAGGGCUCAUGGCUGCCGGCGUGGCCGGCGGCGGGCGCGGACCGCGCGCCGCACAUGUCGCUGGGCGAGCGGCUGGAGCUGCGCGGCGCGCUGCUGGCGGAGCGCACGCGCUUCUGGGAUGACAUCUACCAGAGAUACUACCGGGACGCGGUGCCGCCGCCCUCUCCGCCGCCCAGACCACGCAACGAGUUGUAGAGCUUAAGAGUCAAAAUGUUAGAAAAGUAAAGGAAUAAUCAAC